CCACCCCAGAGCCCGUGCGCCUCUCGGAAGCAGCGGCAGACACUGAAAGGAAAAGAGAACAUCGCAGUUCCAAGCUCAGUAGUUUACCGCGUUCAUUAACAGGCUGUAGCUCGCGUGGACGCCUGUCGUUUUUGACUAUGUUUUCCUUCGGGGAGAAAAUAGAGUUUCUCAUAGGAAACCCCUUUUCAACGCCCGUCGGUCAGAGAAUCGAGCGAGCGACCAGCGGCUCUCUGCAGGCCGAGGACUGGGGGCUCAACAUGGAGAUCUGUGACAUCAUAAACGAGACGGACGAGGGGCCCAGAGAUGCAGUCAAAGCUAUUAAGAAGAGAAUUGUAGGGAACAAGAACUUCAGAGAGAUCAUGUUGUCACUUACUGUUCUGGAGGCCUGUGUGAAGAACUGUGGCCAACGUUUCCACAUUCUUGUGGCGUCGCAGGAGUUUAUUGAAGGCGUUUUGGUCCGUUCCAUUCUGCCCAAACAUAACCCCCCCACUGUCCUCCAUGACAGGGUGCUCAGCCUCAUCCAGUCAUGGGCUGAUGCGUUUCGUAGCUCUCCCUCCCUAUCGGGGGUGGUGUAUGUAUAUGACGACCUGAGGAGACGUGGUCUGGAGUUCCCCAUGACAGAUCUGGAUGCUCUGUCCCCCAUCCACACUCCGAAUAGGAGUACCCCAGAAAAUGGGACUCCUGGAACGAGCCCUGUUGCAGCUCCCACACAUCAGUCACUACCACAAGCCCCUCCCAGUGUUCCCACUCAGAAUACGUCACCUCCGGUCCCAUCCAGUGAGGGACCAGCCUCCCUCUCUGCAGAACAGGAACAGAAGUUGCGAAGUGAGCUGGCGCUGGUGAAGGGAAAUCUCACUGUGAUGUCAGAAAUGCUGAACGAGCUAAUACCUGGACAGAGCCAGCAAGAUGAUACAGAGCUGCUACAGCAGCUGUACUCCGUGUGUAAGAGCAUGCAGACUCGAGUGGUGGAGCUCCUCCCCCAGCUGCUGGAUGAAGGGUUUAUUGAAGAGCUGCUAAUGGUCAACGAUGACCUCAACAAUGCCUUCAUCCGCUAUGAGAGGUUUGACAGACUGAACAGGGCACAAACUCCAAAUACUCAAGAGCGGAGCUCUACCACAAGCCCAAGCCUCCUCGACCUCAGUCCUGAGCCCUCAACUCUCAGCCAACCUGCUGUCAUCACAACCACCAGCCAACCAGCAGUCAGCACCCGGGCCAAUCAACAACGAUCAGCCAACCACAAAGAGGAGGAGGAGGAGUUUGACAUGUUUGCCCAGACGAGGGGCAGCUCCCUGGCGGAGCAGAGAAAAGGUGUCAGGUAUGAGGACCCAGGAGCUGUGGAAGGCCUAGCUGGAGCUCUGGAUACAAGGUUGCAGGUUACAGGAGGGAUGCCACCAGAGAAAAACUCUUUGCUGACUGAUGUUGAUAAACUGUUAUCUUGUGAUAUGGAAGACCAGUCUUCAGUUAGUGAUGGCGUGUCCAGUGAAGAGUUUGAUAAGUUUCUGGAAGAUCGGGCGAAGGCAUCGGACCACAGCAGUCAGGCAGUUCGCAGCGGGCCAGCCGCCACAUCCAGACCGCUGCCGCAAUCUAACCGGCAACAGGACAGAUCAGACAAUCUCUUUACACUUUAAAUUUGAGGAAACAAGCUGUGUAAGUAACACACACCACACACACAACACACACACACACACACACACACACACACACACACAACACCCACGCCACACACACCACUACAGACCUGUGACCUGCUGCAUAAUCAACUUAUUGCAUGAAUGCAAUAUUUCUUAGUUAAUUCCUACUGUUUAUCUUUAUGUAAGUAUAAAAUACUGUAUGUGACUGUAUUUAUGAACUGUAUUAUAAUGUUGAUGUAUACAAAAAUUUAAAUUAGAACAAGUGUUUACAGUUAAGUAUAAGGUUGAAUAUGUAAUAUUAUGCCAUCAUGUGCCUUUGACUGAGACAGCUGAUUGAGUCUAGAGGAGAAUAAAUGGGGUUAUUGUCCUGCAAACAUG